AUGGUUCCACAACUCAUCAGCAGCAUCACACUGGAGGCUCUCACACCGACCACGUUGCAGGCGCCGCAGCUUUGGGAUAUCACAAACGUGACGUAUGAGGAACAGAAUAACGAGUAUGAGCCGGGGUGGACGGGCGAGAAUUGGUAUGGCGACGAUCAGAACCAGGGGCAGGAGGAUCGAUGGUCUGAGGGAAGGGUCGAGGAGGGUCAGGGGUCGAAUGAAUAG